AUGAGUGUCCAGAAUUCAUCACCAAACAUUCCGGAAGGCUACGUUGCUAUUGAUGGCCCGGACAACAUCAAGUAUGUUGUCCCCCGCUUCAUGAUCUCCUCAUUGGAGAAUGAUUUGGCAGCCUUGGGUGCUAAAAAGGAUGCCAAUGUUGUUACUGCCGACCUGACUCGAAAGAAUAAUUCUAAACAAUCGGACGCGUAUGUCACCUUGUCAGGUAUUUUGCGAGUGCCCCCCGAAAAUUCUUUGACCGAUAAUGAGAUGCUCACACUUCAUGCCGAGGUGUGUGCUUUGCAGAAGAGUCUUGGCAUUUUGUAUCAGGAUGCCGCGCAUUGGCUCUAUAUGGCGGAGGUUGCAAAAUUGAAGGUGGCGGACGGGGAUAGGAGAUAUCAUGCAUACAUGGAUCGAUGCAUGACCAAAACUCUCAUCAAGUUGGAAGAAAGGCAUACCUUUCGUGAAGAUCUUAGAAAGUAA